AUGGAUGAUGUAAUUAGUCUGUUCAAUAAAAACUUUAAAUUUGAUAAUAAUAAUAAUAACAACAAUAACAAUAACAGCAGCAACAACACCAAUAUUAAUAGUAAUAAUAAUGAUUGCAUUAAAUCAAUAGAAACCUUAAUAUCAUCUUUGAAUAAUAACAAGUUUAAUAUUAGUUCAUAUAAAAGCUCAGAGAUUAAAACACUAUUCGCCCUAUUAAAGUCACUGCCAUUUAAUAAAAAUGAAGAAUAUGAUGGAACAAUACCCAGUGGUAAUAAUAACAAUUACAACAACAGCAAUAAUAUAGAAGAUGGUGGUGAUAUUAUAUUUGAACAAAAAGAGGAAUACAGCGACACUGAUUAUAGAUUAUUUUCAACGAUAAGAAGAGAAGGUAUCGAGUUAAUAUUUCAAAUAAUACCAAUUGUUUUAGAAAAUUCUUUUCAUUAUGACAGCUCUUUAAUCACACCUAUUUUAUUGUCAUGCUGUUCAACAAAUAAUGAUUCUCCAAUAUCAUUUAAACUAAUAAUUGCUCAAAAUAUGAAUAAACUAUUUUAUAACUUUUUAAUAUUUCAAAAAUCAAACUAUAAAUAUCUAUUACCCUAUAUGCAUGACAUUAUUCAAUAUAUUUUGUAUUCUUUAAAGAACACUAUGAAUUUAAAAAUUCAUAUUGAAGUUUUAAAUUUAUUCGAAAUGAUUUGCAACUAUAAUGAUAUUAUAACCAAUAUAGAUUUUUUCAACUUUUAUUUAAAAAAUAUUUAUCAAGCUUUAUUAGAAGGGAUUAUAAUAAAACAGAGUCCCGAUAAAGGAGACCAAGGCCAAAAAGAGUUUAUUUACGAUCAAAUACUAGAACCUGAAAAUGAAUUAUCAAUAAUCAGAAGCAAAUGUUUAAAUAUUUUAAACAUAGUUUCAAAUUUAAAAAUAGACCAUAAAAAUAAUUUAAUCCAAUUAUUAUUAGAAAUAUACAAUAGCGAUAAUAACAAUAGUAACAAUAGUAAUAAUACUAGUGAAUUUAAUGAAACUUCAAAAAAAGAAUUGCUUUCCAAAUGUUUAAAUGAAAUAAAAUAUUUUGAUAACAAUAGAGAAGAAUCACUCAAACUUUUAUUUGAAGUUUAUUUCAUCAAUAAAGACAACAAUACACCAAUCGAAUGGAUCUAUUUUUCAAGUAUUUUAGAUGGGUUUUCAGUGUACUAUUAUGAACAAUUCAAGAUAAACAAUACUUCAAGUGAACCCAAAUACUUUAAUAAUAUAUUUAAUAGAAUGGAUCAAUUAAUAACAAUUUCUAACCCAGUAUUUCAAAUUUCAGUACUAAAUUUUAUCGAAACAUUAAUUAAAAUCAAUAUUUUACCAAUUUAUACUGUUGUAUCAAUGUACAUUAAAGUGAGUAAAUAUACGGCACCGCAAUACAGAGAUAAAAUUCAAAUCGAAACAUUAGCAUCAUUGACCAAACAACUAGUGAUACUUCUAAAUAAAGAAAAUGGAAAUCUCUGCGACGAAAAACAAUACGAAACCAAAGUUUUAAAUGAAGUUUGGUCAAUUUUAAUCUCCAAUUUCAAAAAUGUAUCAAACACUUUUUUAAAAUAUGACUAUUUAAAAAUAUUUUCAAUUUUGGUAAUAUCUAGUCCAGAUGAAAGAAAUCAAAGCGACCCAAUUUUAUAUGACUUAUUUAACACAAUUUUAUCGGAACUUAAUUUCCUGAUUGCUGAAUAUGAAAAUUUUGCAACUAAUAAAUAUAAAACAAAACCAAUUUUAAACUGUUUAGAUUUUUUAAAUAAUACUUUAGGAUUUGUAUCAAAUAGAAUCGAUCUCAAUUUAGAUAGGAAUAUCAAUCGGCUUUUAAUUUUAGGUAUGGAUAGUUUCAAUGAUGAAAUUGAGUUUCAAGUAUUAAGACUAUUAUCAAAUAAAUUUCAAUGCCAUUUGAUUCAAUGCCCAUUCAUAGAUACAGACCAACUAAAGACAUUAAUGCAAAAGAUUUACAAAUUAUUGAUUGACAAGAGAAUAUUCAUAAACUACUAUGCCCACAUUGCACUCUCCAAUUUAAUAAACUCGAUGUAUGCCCCUCAGAUCCAACAAUAUAUUCAAGAGAUAUUACAACAAAUCUCAAACUAUUAUUUAGAAACAUUUUUUAAUUCAAGCUCGAAUCAAAUUUACCAAAAUUUUAAAUUAAACUAUACCUUAAUAAACUAUUACAUCAAUAAUACCAAAUCAACAAUAUCCCAACACAACAAUCAUCAACAAAAAGAUUUUGAUAUUUUAAAGAAUUUUAAAAUAAUUAUUUCAAUUACAUUUUCAAGACUAUUAUUAAACUGCGACUAUUAUAAUACAUUUGUAUUGAAGCUAUUUUCAAACAUUUUCGACUCCUGGUGCUCCAAUAUAAACGAUGUGGAAAACGAAAACGAUGAAAAGGAUCAAGCCGUAAUACUGCUACUCGAUUUAAUUUAUAGCGACCCCAAUCUAAUGUGCUUCAACCCAAACCAAGCCUAUAACUUAAGAAAAACAAUUCACAAAUGGUGCAACUUCACAUUCGAUAAUUCCAACAAUAAUAACAAUAUUUUAAAAUCCAUAAAUUUUAAACUCAACCAAUCAUCAACCAAAUUAGUCAAUUCUUCACCAGCCAUAAAGAAUAAAUUCAAAAAUUUAAAAAACUUAAAUUUGUGCGAAAAUUUUUUAUAG